GCAGCUGCUCAACUUGUCUCCACAUGAACACAAGGUGUUCUUCAUAUCACCUGAAAGAAACCCUUUGGUUUAGCUUCCUCUGUAGAAAGCAACUUGAAAGAGAGGCAAGAAGAGGGAAAGUUAGAGAUGGGUUUGUCGAUCGGAUUCCUCUUCAGUCUCAGAUGGGUACUCCUGUCUCCAACCGUGUUUCUAUAUUUUAGUCUCCUCUGUUUUUCCUCUUUCACGACCGCCGAGACUGUGUAUGAGGUUCUGGAAUCCUACGAUUUCCCGGUGGGUCUCCUCCCCAAGGGGGUUAUAGGUUACGAUUUGGACACUAGUACCGGCAAAUUCUCUGUCUACUUGAAUGAAACUUGUACCUUCAAACUUGAAAAUUCUUACGAGCUGAAAUACAAAUCCACCAUUAAAGGCUACAUCUCCACAGACAAGCUCUCCAGUCUGUCGGGUAUCAGUGUGAAGGUGUACUGGUUCUGGCUCAACAUCAUCGAGGUUACUCGAAGCGACAACGAAUUAGACUUAUCUGUGGGUAUCGCUUCUGCUGAUUUCCCUGUUAAAAACUUCGACGAGUCUCCAGAGUGUGGAUGUGGCUUUGAUUGCGAUACUGCACAACCUCGGAGAAUCAGAACGGGCCUCUUUGUCUCUUCUUCUUAAGACGUUUACUUGAAAUUGAGGUACUGAUGCUGAAAUUUAUCUUGUUUCUUUCGUUUGGACCUUAAUCGAACGACACUUGCUUAUCCUCUUCAA